AGCGCAGGGUCUGAAAGCCACCAGAUCAGCAGCGCGCGCCGGUGAUUGGUUGUGUGUGGCCUGUGGGAGAGCUAAGCAUGGCCUUGCUUCCUGUCAUGCGUACCGAGCUCAAGAUGUUGACACCCGUUGGGAGAUCGUUAGAGCUGCCGGUGUGUGUUACCGCUGUUUGGGUCCUCACUUCGCUCGUGACUGCCGGAGCUCGGACUGUCCACGGUGUGGUGGCCCUCACCACUCCAGCCUUCACAGCUUCAGCACCACUGAGGUGCCCCCGCGACCAGCAGCUCAGUUCGUCGGCCGAGCCGAGCCGUCUCCAGGAGCUGACGGACGGCUAAGACCGCCACCUGCAGACCGCCGAGGUGGCCACCAGCCAGCGCACCCAGCACCACCACCACCACCUGUCGGUCAGCAGUCACAGCGCACAGGUUGGUCACCCACCGCUUCCCGCCAAAUCGUUGCGACUGCUCAGUCCGGGACUGACGCACUCGUAGGACAUGACUCUGUACAAGCGAACGAGCCUGGACGUGUUGGACACGCUAUCCCUCCAUGUGCGUCUGCAAAUGUGGUGCUCGCCACCUCUGCCACCCAGUCGCCUGCCGAUGCUGAUGUGAUGACCGACGCCCUCUGUCUGCCUGAUGACCAGGAGACUCAGACAGCUACCGACCGUCCUGACGCCAGUGGAGGUGUCUGCUUCACCCAGACUGCGCUGGUGGAGGUGACUGGACCCCGCGGCACCUGCAUGCUCAGGGUUCUGAUAGACGGAGGCUCAGACUCGUCCUACAUCCGUACCUCGGCCGCUGAUCUGCUCGGUCUUCCCACGGUGGGGAGCGGCACCUUCGCCUGCAUGGGCUUCCAAGAGCGCGGUGAGGAGCCCCGAGUCUACGAAAAGGUGAGGGUGGCUAUGAGGAGUCGUCACGGUGGGGAGGAGCACCUGUUCGACCUGUGGAAAACCGACCGUCUGUGCUCACUGCCAACCCCUGCCCGACCACCUGCCGUGACCUAUCAACCGCACCUCCUGCUCGCCGAUGACUACCACGGUGGACCUGUGGAUAUUCUGAUCGGUGUUGACCAGAUGUAUAAGGUGCUGAUGUGGAAGCAGAUCCCACUGACUGACCGCCUGCGGGCUGUGGAGACCGUAUUUGGGUACGUUCUUCAUGGCAGAGACGAUGCACCAGUCGCCCCUCCCGCAGCGAAGUACGUGCUCCGCUGCAGUCGUCUCCAGAUCGACUGCAACAGGCUCUGGAGUAUGGAGGCUCUGGGGAUUCAAGUUGAAGAUGAAGAGCGGAAGCAGCCACCGGAACCGACGUGGAACUCGAAGGAGAACAGGUACGAGAUGGGCCUGUUGUGGGCGUCCGACGAGCGUCCCAUCACCAACCUCACGUCCACAGCGGCACGCACCGGGCGCAUGGAGCAGCGCCUGGCACCAGCCCAGCGCCGGGAGUACAGCGAGCACCUGACCGAGCUGCAGCGAGUCGGCGUGAUCGAGACGCCGCCAGACGACGACCGCAGCGGCUUCUACCUACCACACAGAGGCAUCUGGCGUAAUGGGAAGCUGAGAGUUGUGUACGACGGUUCUGCCAGGGACGCAGCCGGCUUUUCUUGCUGGAGGCGGCAGCCUGAGCCGCACCUGUGUGAUAUCUGUCGCCGCGAAGUGCUGCUCUGAUCUAUGUGCGUCGCGUUUAGUUUCUUUGUGAUGUCUGAUGCGCUAGACGUUUGGUUUUCGAAAUCUAUCUCGAUUUCGAGUGGGGAGUAUGUCGCGAUUCCCCCUCCCCGCCUCGGCUGAGCGGGCCACGUAACUCCAUAUGCCGUGAGUACCCCUCCCCCUGCCUGACACCUGAGCGGGCCGCCGCGGUCGUCGCAUGGAAAGUUACCGGGUGUGUGGACUGUAAAACUGAUAAUGAUUGGCUGUUUUCGACCAAUGGUUUGGGCUGUCUGUCUACUUUUAUUUGGCAGCAAUGUGGAAGCCUGCACUGAACGACCGUUUUUUCCAAUACAGUU